AUACAGAUAAAGUCUACCAAACAUAUGUUCCUGCCCCUGAAUCAUCCUAUAUGCUAUCAUCAUUAACAACUCCAGCGAAUUACAAGCUCACUGUUCAGCCUGUGGUAAAUGGACAUGCUGGAGAGGAAUUUCAACCUUGGAAGGUGGCAAGUCCACAUGCAGCAG